AGCUCAUCCACCCGAGGCUCCUCCGGCAUUCACCCGGCUUCACACAAGAAAAGAGCGCGAUGAAAAGGUAGCAAGAACAGAAAUAUAUUACAAGCAGAAAAGUUCUGCUUCGGCAUGUCUACCUGGAGAGUCAGAGUCCUGAUGGCGCUGUGCUUCCUGCAGCAGACUAGAGGUCAUGUUCAACUUCCCUCUCCUCAAAACGUUACACUACUCUCAAAGGAUUUUGACAUGAUUUUGACAUGGACUCCAGGAGAAGGCUCUCCACCAGAUGUGACAUACACUGUGAGGUAUAAAAGCCAGGAACGCAUGGACAAAUGGAUGAAAGUUCCUCAUUGCAAAAAUAUUCACGGAACCUCUUGCAAUCUGACUUGUGUGCUUCCAAACUUCUUUGUUAAAGUUCAGGCUCGAGUAAAAGCUGUUUCUGGAAGAUUCCAGUCGCCAUGGGUAGAAUCACAAUUCAAGGAAUACCAUUUGGAUGUGGAACUGGCUCCCCCAGUGCUAAAUGUGAAUGUCAAGAAGAACUUAAUCCAUGUGAAUGCCUCCUUCCCUAUGGCCACCUGUGUGGAGAGAUUAUCUUGGAUGUACGACUUGAACCUUUGGGAAGCUGGAUCUGAAGACAAGAAGCGAUACGAACGUAACUUUAGGAAGCAUACAGUGACUAUUGACACCACUGCACUUAAGGGCAACUACUGUUUAAGUGCCAGAUCUUCCUUCCAAAGCAUUGACUUCAAGUACAGCGAAUUCUCUCAACCACUGUGUGUGCUAUUGAACCACAAAGCAAUGGAAUGGAAGUUUCUGCUUUAUGCCACGAUCCCUGUGUUCGUCUUCUUUAUGACAACUGCCUUCAUCAUCUAUUUGCUGAAACAAGAUACGAAGCGAAAGAAGAUGCCUCAUGCUUUGGAUUUAUCUCAUGUAAAAGCUGCUGGAACAGCCGUUCACUGUGAGCCCAGUGAAAAAGAAUUCUUCAGGGACUAUCUUCUCUGCACAGAGAAGCCAGUGUCACAAAGGAAGACAAACCAAACUCUAGCAAGAAACAACCUACCAUGGAUGGCUUCUUUCCUCUCAUCAUCAUCAUCAUCAUUAUCAUCAUCAUCAUCAGAAGAGGAGGAGGAGGAAGAAGACAGUAGUACUUUCAUCCCAUAUACUGAAAAGCUUCGUUUUCCAAAGAGAGAUCUCAACUGUCAACCAUCCAGAACAGCUCAGGUGGAAACCAGCUUGGACUCUGGAACUGGAGGUCUCUCUGAGGGUAGUGAAUCUAUGCUUGAUCUAAGUACCUUGGGUUUCUCCUUCUUUCCAAUGAGAAAGAACGAGGUGGACACCUCAGGAUCCCAAGGAAAUGAGAAGGCAUCCCUUUCUCACAGUUCUUCUUUGGGAAGAAUAUCCCUCACUGAUGUGAGAUUCCCAGGUCCCAGGGAAGAUGAUACAGGCAGGGAUGAAUGCCUGGAAAUGACCCCUCUUCAAACACCGAUGGAGGGGAUUUAUGACAAACUUCCAGCCGAUGAGCACUACCUGCAUAGGAAGGCUCAUCAUUUCACCAAGUGUCACCAGAAACGGAUAGCUGAUCUGCGUGUCCAGGUCGGUGACACAUCACAGCUCAGUGAGGAUCCCAGCACCAGGCUGCUCAUUUCCUUUCAGACAUUACAGGUGGCAGAAGACGAAGGUAUUGCAAGUGACUGUGACAGCGAGAAUUCUACCGAAGGGACACCUCCUGCAUCCACGGUGCUAAGUGAUGCGUUUGAGACUUCAAAUAUGGAGGAAAAAUAUGAUCAAAAGUUUCAAUUCAAAGGCUACCAGCACACACAUUACAUGGGAAGGACCUAGAGCACCCCACCAGUUCUGUGGUGUGUCUGGAAAAUACUAGAGAGCUCCAAAUAUCCGGGCAAGGAUGCCUAAACAGGAACAAGGACAAAUAGCCAACAGUGGUGCUUUUUGUAUUUAUUCACCUGGACAGAAUUUUUUCUACUGAUGUCUGGCCUAUGAAGAUACAGGGCUUCAGGGACAUAAAAGGUGUAUUUUUACUGCUAAGUAACUAACGUGUGUUCACCAUCCCUCUGUAUAAGUACAGCUGCAAUAAGGUGUUACAGCUCUGGCAGGAGCCAGCCAGGGGUGAGGCAGGUGGUGAUACCUCCUGGAGGUACCACUGAAAACCACCUCUGAGGCUGCAAAAACACAACCCCGACCUGGGUGAAACCAUCAGCUGGGUUCUGAAAACACAGAGUGUUGGGCCUGCAUGGUGAUUUUGAGCCAGGAUGAACUGCUAACAUUACGUUUGCUUCUCUGUAACUGCAAAAUUGCACCCCUGCUUGGCUGGAAGUACCUUACAGAGAUUUAAGGAUGUGGGAUGAAAAGAACUCUACCUCAACCGACAGAGAUCACCUUCUGUAUUUCAAUGCAGUGAACUGAAGUCAAAAUGAUAAAUGUGAAGCGUGUUUAAUUAUUAUUUUUAUAUAUACA